CCCUACCCUCCCAUCCGGCACCUCCGGCCAUUACUACAAACACCACACCACAGUACUAACUCUCCCAAGCUCCCCAAGCUCUACUCUUCCUAUUCACUCCCGCGCGACAUCAUACUUUCGAGCUUCAUCGCACUGCCUCUUCCGCGCGUCAUUCGUCGACAUCGCCUCGAAUUGACGACUUCGCCCUCGAGUCGAUCUGCCAAGCUCCCCUUUUCGUAAUAUUCUCCUUAGAGAUAGACAGGGGACGUUGACAUUUUGUUGCACACUUCGCCCGACCCUCUGCAACUACCUUCACACCUCCUAUAGCUACAGCAACCUGUGCCAUGCCCAAAAACAGGCUCACACAAUUGUUCGGCGGAUCACCAAAGGCAAGGAGCGAGGCUCUACAAGCAGCCCUCAUUGCCCAGCAACAGGCCCUACACAAUUCGCCAUCACCGCCCUCCAUUACCCUCACCAACGCAACCGGCGAGAAGAUGCCCACACUCUACCAGGCUCCGUCUGCCGAGGAGUCGCGGAGGAUUGCGAGAGCGCAUGCACAAUUCGGUCCAUUGGGCUCCCAGUCGCAUCGAUAUGUCAGUCAAUUCGAUGGCGAGUUCUCCGAGCCCAUUGAGGAUGAACCUCCAUACUAUUUCCUCCUUACCACAUACAUCAGCUACCUCAUCCUCAUCGUCUUCGGCCAUGUGCGAGAUUUCUUCGGCAAGCGAUUCAGACGGGAGCACUACAGCCAUCUGGCGGAGAGAGAUGGCUAUGCACCCCUCAAUUCCGACUUUGAUAAUUUCUAUACCCGACGAUUGAAGAUGCGAAUUAACGAUUGUUUCUCUCGCCCGACCACCGGCGUGCCGGGUCGCUUUAUCACUGUCCUAGAUCGCAAAUCGGACGAUGGCAACUACAAUUUCAGCAUGCUCGGAACGACCACGGAGACACUCAACCUCAGCUCAUACAACUACCUCGGAUUUGCUCAGUCUGACGGUCCUUGCGCCGAUGCUGCCGAGAACGCCAUCAGGAAAAACGGAAUCGCCAUGGCCAGCCCUCGCUCAGAUACCGGAACAUCCGAACUUACCGUCGAAGUCGAGGACCUCAUCGCCGAUUUCGUUGGCAAGCCUGCGUCCAUGGUGUUCUCGAUGGGCUUCGUCACCAACGCGACUGCUUUCCCCGCCCUGGUUGGAAAGGGCUGCCUCAUGCUUUCAGACGAGUUGAACCACUCUUCCAUCCGCUUUGGAGCUCGUCUUUCCGGUGCCGUCAUUCAGAUGUUCAAACACAACGACAUGCGCGAUCUCGAGCGCAUCCUGCGCCAGGCCAUUGCCCAAGGACAGCCCCGUACACACCGGCCCUGGAAGAAGAUCUUGGUCACCGUAGAGGGUCUGUACUCCAUGGAGGGAACCAUGUGCAACCUUCCCGCUCUCAUCGAACUCAAGAAGAAGUACAAGUUCCAUCUGUUCAUCGAUGAGGCCCACUCUGUUGGCGGUCUUGGUCCCCACGGUCGUGGUGUUUGUGACUACUUCGGCAUCGACCCAUCUGAAGUCGAUAUUCUCAUGGGAACCCUUACGAAGUCCUUCGGUGCUAACGGAGGCUACAUCGCCGCUGAUAAGGACAUCAUCGACAAGCUUCGAACACAAAAUGCCGCCAUGCUCUUUGCCGAAUCCCCAGCUCCCCCAGUGCUUGUCCAAAUUGCCUCCUCGUUGCGUCUAAUUAACGGCGAAGUCGUCGUCGGAGAGGGUGAGGAGCGAUUGCAACGACUUGCCUUCAACUCCAGGUAUCUACGACUCGGCCUGAAGAGACUAGGAUUCAUUGUCUAUGGUCACGAUGACUCUCCAAUUAUCCCUGUCAUGCUUUACAACCCUGCCAAGAUGCCGGCUUUCUCACAUGAAAUGCUUAAGCGCAAGAUCUCGGUCGUUGUUGUUGGCUACCCCGCUACUCCCCUCGUCUCAUCCCGUGCACGAUUCUGUGUAUCUGCUGCACAUACUAAGGAUGAUCUGGACCGCAUGCUAGCUGCUUGCGACGAGGUGGGCGACCUUCUUCAGCUCAAGUUUAGCAGCGGCGUCGCUGGCGGCGCCGACCCCGACGCGUUGGCCUUGACAGAGAAGAGUGACCUCAAGGUCGUCAAGCCACCUCGCUGGCGCCUGGAGGACGUCCUGAAGAGGGGCACGGAGGACAUCCAGUUCCCGCUCAGAUAGGUGGACUCUCAAGCACGUGAUUAGGCGUUUGGGCGCAGGACGCGGGGCUUCCGCCCAGAAAGUGAGGCGAGCAUAUAGGCGAGGGAGUGAGACAACUUCGAAGGACAGAACGCAUUUCCUGAUUUUCCAGCAUUAUACGGGAGUUCUAAUUUAGAGGCUACACACGGCAUCCCGGGACGCAACUAAUUACUUUGCAACCUUGCCUGCUCGGAUCCCGCGGCUUCACACCUCUGAGAUAUCUGGAGGAUGAUGAUGAUGAUAGCUACUGCUUUUGCCGUGCUCACACAUCUGCC